AUGGACAAUGCGAGCAACUGCAACACGACCGCGACGGAGCUCAGUAAUAUACUGCCCACCUUCGAGGGCACGUCAUGGCGCCUCCGCUGCCUCUUACAUAUCCUCAACCUCAUUGCUAAGGUGUGUACCCUGUACUUGACCAUCCCCGUCGCUUAUACAACUCGAAAUCAGGCCAUACUGCUCUUCUUCUACAAGCAGUACAAGCGCAAAAAACGCUCGGGCACCUCGCAAGAUGCCGGCACAUCCACAGCGACCGAGGACACCACCAACGCUGAGGACGAUGACGAAGAAGAGGGUCCGGUGUCCCCGGAGGACGAGGAACUCGCGCAGACCGCCGCGGCUCAGACCGAAGAUGAUGUCGCGCAGUCAUCGACGGGUGAGCUCGAGCACGACGAUGCCGCUGCCAAGUCAGUGAAGGAUCGCGCCAUCCUCGAGAUGCGCAUUCGGGGCGUCACUUUCACGGAAUCGCAGGCAAAGGAGAGCAUCUCUAUCAUGACAAAGGUGGCCGGUCUCGCACGACGCAUCAACGAUGCGCCCUCCACGCUCGGUGUAGCUUUCGAAAAAUUCGUUCAAAGCGCGCCGCCAGACAAUGACGACCGCAAUACGAUAUCGCGCCGCGUAGCAACACGAUGGAAUAGCGAUUACAAGUGUCUGGAUGACUACCUUGUCCUCAAGGCGGCUGUCGAGGCGCUAAUCUCUCAAAGCGACCUCAAGCUGCAAGCGUACCAUCUUUCACAGCGCCAGUGGGAGCUUGCGAAAGAGUUACGUGACUUAUUGCGAAUUUUCGUACCUGCGACGGAGGCGUUCUCGCGCAAGGAGAUCCCUCUUAUAUCGGAUGUCCUUGAGGUCCUCGACGACAUCAAGGAGGACCUGACCAACAUCCGAGAUAGUCCACUUAAUCUCGACAAGAAGCCCGCGUCACCCGUCGUUCGCAUCGCCGCACAUGCCGGCUUGAUCAUGACCAACAAAUAUUUCUCAAUGACGAGCGAAUGCGAGGUAUACCGCAUCGCGAUCGCCUUGUCGCCGGACAAAAAACUGCAGUGGUUCCGAGACCGUGAUUGGGACGAAGACGAGAUCGAAUCUGUGCGAAAGCUCGUCGUCGAUCGCUGGGAGAAAUCCUAUGCAGCGCGUCCCUCCGACGCAGCAUCAGCCGAUACACAAGACAUCAGUACGAUGAUCACAGAGGUGCGUAGGCUAUCGUGUAUCUCACGCUGGUGUCAUUGA